UAUUACGAGUCUUUCGUGGGGAGCCAAAUUCAUCGUGCGUGUUUGUGAAUGGUAGACGCGAUCGCUGGAGCAGCAGCAGUCGCUGGAGCAGCAGCGCCUGCCCCAUCGCCAUCAUCCCGGCCACCCUCCUCUACCAGCAAGCCCGGUUUCGUGUCAUUGAAUCAUGCAUCCGCUGGCUCGGUCGGGGCAUCCGUCGCUCAGGCAGGGCUACUCGUCGAGUCCACGUCGCGGUCACCAGCAAGCUCGUCCGCCUCCUCCUCCUCCGAGCAGCAGCCACAGCAACCGACGCGCCCUCUGCUGCACAUCUUUGUCGCGGGUGGCGUCGGUGGUGCCACGGGUGACUUUCUGAUGCACAGCAUUGACACAGUCAAGAUUCGCAUACAGUCAUCACAUGGACAGUACGAAGGCACAGUGGACGCAUUCCGGAAGAUUGUUGCAGAAGAAGGUUUGAUCAAGGGUCUUUACAGCGGAAUUGGCGCUGCACUGGUCGGCUCGGUGCUCUCGUCAUCACUAUACUUUACAGCUUACAACGUCUCGAAGGAACACACGCUCAAGUACCUGCCAAGCACGAUGGCGUACUUUACGUCGGGUGCAUUUGGCGAUUUUUGUGCGUCGACACUGUACGUCCCUCUGGAAGUCAUCAAAACCCGAAUGCAGCUGCAGGGCGCCAUGCAACGCGUCGCGGGCCUCACUCCGAGAGUGGGUGCGCCUGUCGCGUACCAAAACGUCUUUCACGCCUUCUUUACAAUCUACCGCCGCGAGGGCCUUCCUGGGCUGUACUCUGGGUACCGAGCCACUGUUUUCCGAGACAUGCCGUUUUCAGCCAUCCAAUUUACCGUGUACGAACAGGUGAAGCGACUCGCGGCCUACCUCACGGAACCCGACCCGCUGCUUAUUGAGGAACAGAAACAGCUACGGCGUGCGCAGCGCCAACGGCAACGACAAGAAAAUCAGCAUCAGCUAGUCGGUCUAACGUCGUCUUCCGUUCCCGGAUUGUCGGCAAGCCAGCUUGCCAUUCUUAGCAACAGUAGUAAUGAUGGCAGUGCUUCAUCAAGGAGAGCUGCCAGUAGUGGUGACAGGCGGAACGAUCCUGCUGCAGCCGACGGUGCACGACCGCCCGUUCAACUUAUUCCAGAUGCCGUCGAGCCCACCGACCCACUCGCUCAUCCGGACAACCAUUAUCGAACGCGAUUCAACACCCCUACAACCAUCAAUUCUCUCUCCGGCGUGAUGGAUGGGUGCAUUUCGUACACAACAGACUGGAUGGCGGGAGGCAUCACCCCGUCCACAUUCAACACGCCCGGACCCUCGCGAGUGCAGCAGCAGCGGUCCCUUCUUGCAACGCAAGAUCGGGGACGGAUGCCUGGAACCUCCUAUUGCCUGGAUGGCAACGCAGUCAUGCUCGGUGAUGACGAUGAGGUUGGUUGGGGUCCCGGUCAACUUUUGGCGACCGUGCGCGAGGCCGGCAAGGAACUCUUGCUCGGAGGCUUUGCAGGAGGCGUUGCAGGUGCCAUCACCACGCCCAUGGACGUGGUCAAGACCACUCUGCAGAGCUCGCCCUCCGCUGGCGUUGGCGUGAUUGAUACGUUCAAGUCCAUCUAUCAACAGAGCGGAGUUCGAGGAUUGACGCGAGGUAUGGCAGCGCGUGUCAUUUGGACUGUGCCGCAGUCUGCCACCAUGUUCUUUGUCUUUGAGCAAGUGACGCAGUUUCUUGCGCGGUUUGACCCAGAUCGUGUUCCAGCGGAGGAGUGAUGAGCGAUCAAUCCUGUUUUGUAUGUUUUGAUAAGAUCACUGGACUACUGUAUCAAAGUAAACAUUUGUAACUGUUGAUGUUGUUGUCAGUUUCAUCUAC